AUGAAUUUUGCUUUGGUUGAGAUUGAAAAAUUGUUAUCAAUGAUGGGAAAGAGUCUUAGGGACUUUUCAGAAAUGCCAGUUGCAAAUUUUGAGAAUUAUGAUGUAAUAUCAAAUAGGUUGAUACAAGAAGAAUUGGCAUAUGAUCGUGUUGCUCAGGAGAAAGAGAAUAAUGAAUUAGUUAGUCAACUGAAAGAUGAGCAAAAGGUAAUAUAUGAGGAGGUGUUAACAAAUAUUGAAAGCAAAGCUGGUGGAUUUUUCUUCGUUUAUGGAUAUGGUGGUACUGGUAAGACCUUCUUGUGGAGAGCACUUUCAUCCGCUUUAAGGUGGAAGGGUGAAAUUGUUCAAAAUGUUGCAUAUAGCGGCAUAGCUUUUCUUCUGCUACCAAGUGGUCGGACAGCACAUUCUAGGUUCGCAAUACCUAUAUCUGUUAAUGAAGAUUCCACUUGCAACAUAAGACAAGGCACCCCGCUGGCUGAGCUUAUUAUGCAAAGCAAGUUGAUAAUACGGGAUGAAGCUCCAAUGAUGCGCAAGGUCUGCUUUGAAGCCCUAGACAGAACUAUGCGUGAUUUAUUGCGCUCCACAAAUCCAAGAAGCUGUGAAAUGACAUUUGGUGGUAAAACAUUUGUUUUAGGUGGCGAUUUUAGACAAAUUCUUCCGGUUAUUCCAAAGGAGGCCAACGAGAUUGAAGAGUUUGCAAACUGGAUAGCAGAUAUAGGUGACGGGAAAAUUGGGAAUACAACGGAUGGUGACGCAGAGAUAACAAUUCCAGAUAAGUUUCUGCUUAAAUGUGAUGAUGAUACUAUUUCUAUGAUUGUUGAUAGCAUUUUCCCGUUGUUUAGGAGCGGUAAUGGUGAUUUAUCAUACCUUAAGGAUAGUGCCAUAUUAGCUCCAACGUUGGAUGUGGUAGAUAUCAUUAACCAAUACAUGAAUGAUCAAAAUCCAUGUGAGGGUAUGACUUAUUUGAGUUGUGAUUCAGUUUGCAAGUCAGAUUCUAAUGCAGAUAUGUUAGCGGAUUUGCACACUCCAGAAUUCUUGAAUGGUCUGCGAUGUUCUGGUGUACCCAAUCAUGCAUUGACUUUGAAAAUUGGGUCACCGGUUAUGGUCUUGAGAAAUAUUGAUCACACUCUUGGCUUAUGCAAUGGUACAAGAUUGAUUGUAACAAGGCUAGAUGAUCACGUUUUGGAAGCAAAAAUAAUGGGCGGUACAAAUGCAGGGAAAUGUACCAGUAUGGCACUGCGCCGUCUUCUUCGUGAUAGCAGUACAGUAGUGCUCCUUCGUCUUCUUCGUGAUAGCCUUGUCGCCACCCAUGAUGUUACUUACUCGGCGCUGCACUCCUGGAAACUGACGGUGACUGUCAGGAAGUGA